AACAAAAUGCGAACGUGGUCCACAAACAGAGAUUUUUUGUUGUAAUUUUAUGUCCACACAGCAGAAAUUCGGUUUAACACGCAUGUAUUUUUAUGGGUUGUUAUUAUUUGGACAGACAACGAGUUAAUGUAUAGUAUUGUAUAUCUCGCUUAAAUCUUUCUUAAAAGCCACAAACUGAAAAUCGUUCUGUUAUUUGCAGUUUUAGUCUUUCGUCAGUCUUCUAGUGGAACAGUACACUCAACACGCGCAAUAACACGCUGGACAAACAGUUACUUAAUGCGUGUUUUUAGUACUAUCGGUUAUGCGAAGCACGUAAACGAAUUGGGUCGAACGCGUCUGAGUUAGAAAAAAUAACAACAAUUCCAGUCAAAUAUUAUUUAGGAAUUUUGAAUACUAACUGUGAAGUUAUGUGCAUACAUUUUUAAAUAUUUAUAUUUUUAACAAAUUGAUUCGAAAGUAAAAUGCCUUGGAUUGCAAUUUUCAUCUUCGGCAUAACAGCGCUACAAAACUUGUGCUAUAUUCAAGCAAAAUUAUCGCCCGAACAUGUGCCGAGAUCCGUCGAAUUGUUAAGCAAUAUCUUAACACCAAACAACGAGACCCCCAACCAUAAAGAUUAUUUAAACGACAGCAAUGAAGUCAACGUGAUAGAUCUGCAGUUAAUCAGCGGCAAUAGCAAUAAUGAUGAUUUUGUAAUGGGUGCCAACGAGCUCAAUGACAAUAAAGAUGACGAACCAUAUUCGUAUAGGGAGCAUCAGAAAGAUGAGGGUAUUGAAGUGGCAACAGAAAAUGAAUAUUUGCCGAGCAAUUCCACACAGAGCAGCAACGAAGUAAACAACAAAAGCAACUGCACUACGAAAACCGCAACAGCAACAGACAAUAAAAAUGAAGCAAAAAUGUUCAGUGACAUAGCAAUGUUGGAGACGACAACGGCAAGGAAUACCGGCACACUGACAGAGCUGUCAAUGCGGGUCAACAGAAAUGAUUUUGUCAAAGUGGAUGAUGGCAGAAAUGAAACUAGCAGCAAUCACCUGGAAACAUCGACAACAGCAACAACUGUCAAAACAAAGCCUUUAACUACAACAAGUAGCAAAAGAAAUACCAUUACAGCGAACAAUAGUGGUGUAACUGUAACGAGUAUGAGCACGAGUGUCCCGUCCCCGCUGGCGGUCAACACGAAACUCUACCAUCCAAAUGGGUUUCUCAAUCCAUUCGGACAAUUAGUCGCCUUCUUUGGCAGCGACCAAUUGCAUCUGCAGGACUAUACGUUCUUCUUCAAUGUCGAACGCCAUACCGUUUUCCAGCUACACACCAACAAUUACAACAAUAUUAACGAAAAAUCGCAUAGCCAAGCUGUUGGCAGUGUAACGGGUUUGGCCGAAACGGUAGCUGCUGGUAGUGAGCGUGUAUUGAAUGUGGUCACCAACUCGAUUGGCGCUGUAUUUGGCGCAAAUCCACCCACAACAGCAGCAGGCGUAACGCCAAAUUCAGCGUCAACAACAACGACGUCCGCCCAUGCCGCGCCCAUUAUCAGAGUAGAGGAAGUGCAGCUGUACAAUGGCAAAUCAUUGCGGCAGUCACGUUUCAAUCCUUUCAAUCCAACACGCAUACUCAUACACGGUUGGUUAGGCGGCGCCAAUGCAGGCAUCUAUCAGACACUCGUACCGGCUUAUCUCCGACAAGGUACAGGCAAUUAUAAUGUCUUCACAGUGGAUUGGGGACGUGGUGCAGUUGCCGACUAUCUCACCGCAAGCUAUCGCGUGAAGCCGGUCGGUAAGGUGUUGGCGAAAUUUAUCGAUUUCCUACAACGUGAGGCAGGCAUACGCUACGAGGAUCUACAUGUGAUCGGCUUCAGCAUGGGCGCACACAUAGCUGGCAUCGCUGGGAAGCAUAUACAAACCGGUAGACUGCCGGUGAUUUAUGCAUUGGAUCCCGCGCUGCCAUUCUUUCGUUACGAUAAUUUCGAUGAACGCGUAGCGAUCACCGAUGCCGAUUAUGUGGAAGUCGUGCACACGAGUGUUGGUUCGUAUGGUUACGAUCGCCCAUUGGGACAUGUCGACUUCUAUGUGAACUAUGGCAGCGCGCAACCGGGUUGUUUUCUGAAUGAAUGCAGCCACUUUCGUGCUUUUCAUAUAUUCGCCGAGUCAUUGCAGUCGAAGGCCGUGCUGCGUGCGCAUGGUUGUGAUGUCAAACUGUGGCAGGAUAUGAUUAAGCAUAGACGAUGUCUAAUGGGCACGGGCAGGCAAAUGGCGUUGGGCGGUGAUCCGACAAAUGUGACGGCAUUACGUGGACGUGGUGGUGUAUUUUACUUAGCGACUAAUGCGGCAGCGCCGUAUGCCAAGGAUGUGACGUGAAACGUGCGAGCGCUUGAGCAUGACUUUUACUUUGCAUUUGUAGAUAUUCUUUGAAAAUAAAAACACAACACAACACAAUGCUAUGUGUAUGGAAAAUUAAAAACGCAAUGAGCAUCAGGAUUUCUA